CUAAAUUAUCCACUCUCUUCUCUUUUCCGGUUUUCUAAUAUUCUUCUCGAUUCCAUCUACUGUUCAAUUUCUCUCUACUUUCUCCACUCCCCGCCGGGAAAUCACUCGUUCGCCGGCGAACUAUCACCGGAGAACUUACACGCGCUCAGAAUCUCUGAUAUAGUAGUGUUCCUUGUUUCUCGCGCGUAGUUAAAUCACUCGGUGUCGCCGUUCGCCGGCAAACCUCUUCGUAUCGCCGGAAAACCGCCUGUUCGCAGGUGAACAGUGUCACCAGAGAAUACAGCUUCUCUAUUAUCCUUUGGUUUCGAGUAGUUGAAUUUGUUUUCGAGUAGUUGAACCACUCGGACGGUGAAAUCGUUCUGAUCUCCGAGUUGGACUCGGUUUUGUGCCGCAUCGAGGUGGAACUUGGAAGGGAGAGUCGGGAUGUCAAGGGAGGCUAUGUUGGAGUUUUUGAAGCGAAAAAGGCUUCAACGAAAGAAACCAGAAUCUAUGAAUGAUUCGACUUAUGUCAGCAAUACGAUGAGUAGAAGUGGAGGAGAUGCCCUAAGCUCUUCAGCUUCGUGUGGUGUUAGAGUUCAUGUAAAUGCAGGGCCGGGGACUUCCUUAAACAGAAGAGAUGUUUUCUCAAAGCACAAGGUUGCCAAGUUUGAUACGUCUAAUCUUGACUGGACUGAUAAAAUUCCAGAAUGUCCAGUUUAUUAUCCAAGUAAAGAGGAGUUUGAGGAUCCGCUGGUUUAUCUCCAGAAGAUAGCUCCUGAAGCUUCUAAAUAUGGAAUAUGCAAGAUUGUUUCACCAAUCAUGGCUUCUGUUCCUGCUGGAGUAGUGUUGAUGAAAGAGAAGGCUGGUUUUAAAUUUUCAACGAGGGUACAGCCACUUCGUCUAGCUGAAUGGGAUACAGAUGACAAGGUCACAUUUUUCAUGAGCGGAAGAAACUACACAUUUCGUGAUUUCGAGAAAAUGGCGAACAAGGUCUUUACUCGUAGGUAUUGUAGUGCUGGAUGCCUUCCUCCUGCUUAUAUGGAAAAAGAAUUUUGGCAUGAAAUAGCUUGUGGAAAGACUGAGAGUGUUGAAUAUGCAUGCGAUGUUGAUGGUAGUGCAUUUUCAUCUUCUCCCAAUGAUGAACUUGGAAAAUGCAAAUGGAAUAUGAAGAGAUUUUCUUGCCUACCUAAAUCAACACUUCGACUCCUCGAAAAAGCUAUCCCGGGAGUUACUGAACCAAUGUUAUACAUUGGAAUGCUCUUUAGUAUGUUUGCCUGGCAUGUGGAAGAUCACUACUUGUACAGCAUCAAUUAUCAUCAUUGCGGGGCAGCAAAAACCUGGUAUGGUGUUCCAGGUCAUGCAGCGCUCAACUUUGAAAAGGUUGUCCGCCAGCAUGUCUAUAACAAUGAUAUCUUAAACGCUGAUGGAGAGGAUGGAGCUUUUGAUGUGCUUUUGCAGAAGACAACAUUGUUUCCUCCUAACAUUUUAUCAGAACAUGAUGUUCCUGUCUAUAAAGCUGUUCAAAAGCCUGGGGACUUUAUAGUAACUUUUCCAAGAGCAUAUCAUGCUGGAUUUAGCCACGGUUUUAACUGUGGUGAGGCUGUAAACUUUGCAACUGGUGAUUGGUUCCCAAUUGGUUCAGUUGCUAGCCGUCGUUAUGCACUGCUGAACAGGGUGCCUCUUCUUCCCCACGAGGAACUUCUCUGCAAAGAAGCAAUGCUUUUGCGUAUGGAUUUGAAACUUCAAAAUCAAGCUUAUUCCUCUGCAGAUUUGAUCACCCACCAUAGCAUUAAAGUUUCUUUUGUAAAUUUGAUGCGGUUUCAACAUCGUGCUAGGUGGUGCCUCAUGAGAUCAAAAGCAUUUUCUGGUGUAUUGUCAUUUUCACACGGCACUAUUCUUUGCAGCAUAUGCAAGCGUGACUGCUAUGUAGCAUAUCUGAACUGCAACUGUUACUCACAUGCAAUGUGCCUUCGCCAUGAUCCUAGGUCACUUGAUCUACCUUGUGGAAGCAGUAGAACCCUUUGCUUAAGGGAAGAUUUUUCGGACAUUGAAACUGCAGCAAGGAAGUUUGAGCUGGAUGUUGUUUUGCAUGAAAUUGGGCAAUAUAGAGAAAGUGAUGACUACAGUCUCCUUUUGAACAUGUUUCCACGAGCUGAAGAGGAAGGCUAUGUUCCAUUUUGUGAAAUAAAAUUUGAAUGGUCUGAGGAAACCUUGAAAACUGAGGACUGGGUUGAACAGGCUUCCAAUGCUUCUGCAUCUAGUAUUGGAAUUGUGUCACGUGUUGGUUCUCCCAUGGACCAAAAAGAUUGGCUUUCUGCUAAUGUUAAUGUACAGGAAAAUGCUAACUCAAACUUAGGGAAUAGUGUAUCAGUCAGGCCUUCUAGAGACAUUUCUGGAUGUGAAAGUGAAAGAUCAGUUUUUUCACCUGGUGAUGACUAUUUAAAGGUUCAUGAAAAAGUAGCUCAUGUUUCAGAUGCUAGAACUGUUGUAGAUCAAGACAGUGAUGAGUCUGAUACAGAAAUUUUCAGAGUGAAGAGACGUUCUAGAACAGAACAUGGGAGGAGUACACAUGAUCCCAUUUCAGUUAAUGUUGAGCACCAGGUUAACAAGUAUGUCGAACUAAUUGCUUUGUUUGAGUGGAUGGGUUACAAACGAUUAAAGAAACAUCAAACUGAAGGACGGCUUGGACCAUUAUCUUCAUUGGACCGUUCCGUGGCUGAUGAUGCAACUCAUAGUUACAAUGGUAAUUCAAUCCAUUCUAAGGAAGCCUUGGAUUAUCCUUUAAGAGACAAGUCGCUUAGAGGUGGUACGGUUCCCAUCUCUAUUAAGUCCAAGAAAGGGGCUAACGAAGAAGCAUGGAGCAAGAAAAACGAGCAUAAAAGAGAUGAAAGUUUUGAGUAUGGGUUGGGUAAGACUGUGGGGGAACCACCUCCGGUAGAGAUAGGGCCAAAGAGGCUGAAAGUCAAGACCCUUCAAUUUUUAAGUUUGGAGGAAGAAUUGAAUAGCUCAUAAAAUCUGACUUUACUCUAACUCCCAUUUUCUCUAAUGGGGAUCUAACAAAAGGAUGAAAAGCUAAAUAUUUUGGGGGAGCAGCAAUGCAACAGUUAACCAAAACUUAGAUUAAGGAGGUAAAUUCUUUGUGCAGGCCUCUAAUUGGGGCAAAUGGCGCACUGGUGAUUCUUAUGGUUUUCGGGUCAGGGUGUUUUUUAGUCUUAAAAGGCAGGAGAAUGUCUCUCUCUGUCGUGAUGGACAUGUUGGGGAGGUAGUAGGUACUUGGCGGAAGUCUGAGGUACGCGCAAGAUAACCCAGACACUAUCAUUAUAAAACUCUUUUUCUUUUGCCACAGCAGAUAGUAGAAUUUGGGGUAGGGACUUUUCUGUUGUACAUUUUUUAUUAACAAAUUGGUCGAUUUUAAUGAGGUCCAAUGUCUAGUAUUCAGGUUAGGCCUUUGAUUUAAUGUGACAUCUGCUGCCUCCAUCUCAACAGGUCAUUAUUCUUUUUGUAGCUAAGGGUCUCUUUGGCUUGAAACUACAUGAAUAUAAAGCUGUGUUUUUAGACUCAUUCCAACUUUCUAUAUUUAUAUAAAGCUGGCUACAUUAAAAAUGA